AUGUGAACAUGGCGGCUGGGGCAGUGCGUCUGACAAGGAGAGGGUCUGACAUUGGACUUAAAAGAGGAUUCUGUUCUCGUCUAAAUACUGGGACCCUGUGGUAUAAAAGCACACGCCGUGUAUCGUCUUUGUCGGCAGGAUUUCUGUUGGAAAACAUUGUAAACAGGAGCGGUAAAGGAGCUCGAAGUGUGUCGGACUCUUCCGGAUCAAUUCGGUGGUUGACUUUUAGGGUAAAGUCAGUUAUUUCCACCCAGGACACUUAUCAAAAGGAGUCAACAACCUUUUAUGAAUCGAAACGCAUUGUGCGAAUUCACAACUAUGGCAGAAGACUUAUAGACAAGCCAUGGUCAAGAAAUUACUUUAUUUUUAUUAGGGCGUACAGUGGCAAUAGUGGUUAUCAAGAACCACUGUACAAGAGCAAAUCGGGCUACUACGAUAUUUUAGGAGUUUCAGCAAAUGCCACUCAAGCCCAAAUCAAAACUGCCUACUACAAACAGUCGUUCGCGUAUCACCCGGACAGAAAUGCGGGAAGUGACGAGGCUACACUGCGCUUCUCGGAGAUAAACGAGGCAUAUACUGUUCUUGGCAACAAGGCUCUGCGCAAAAAAUACGACCGCGGGUUAUUGAGCUCAUCAGACCUCACAGCUUCUGUCAGACCCUCUACCAAAGACACUCCCCCAGCGAGCUCCACCAAGCGGCAAAGCGACCCCAGAAGGUCCGUGAUGGACCAGGAGGAAAACGCGCGGGUGUUUGACUUCGACAAGUUCUUCAAAGCUCACUACGGCGAGCAGCUGCAGAGGGAACGGGACAUCCGUGUGCGCAAAGUGGAGAUGCUGAAGAAGAGAGAAGAGAGCAUCGCGGAACAGAGAAUGGACCGAAUAAUGGGCUUUGGAGUGGGGAUGCUCCUGGCGAUGGCCAUCGGGAUUUUCAUAAGCCUUAAACGGAGCUGAAAAAGUGCAAUAUGUUUACAUUAUGAAAAGCUUUAAAAUGUCUUGAAUAGGUCUUCUGGAAGUGAAGACGACUUUGCCAUUUCUGCAUCAUUUUCAGUGCAGAGUUGUUGCUACUUUCGUUGUGCAAUACCCGUGGAACUGGUAUUUACUGUUUUUUAAGUGCUACUCAAACACUAGAGCAGCUGUUUUGAGAAAGUGUUGGAACUGAUGUUGGGAAAAUCAUCAGACAUACAUGACUGUCAUUGUUAGCACUCUCUCUACUGCUGUCUUCUACGACUUUCAUAAAGUCCCUUGUAUUUAAGUACCCAGAGACAAGUGGGCACAUAAAUUAAAUAAAUGGUUUUAACAUUAUUUAAUUAGAACAAAGGUUUGUGAUUUCUGUUUGCCAAAUAAAUAUGGAAUGAAACAAUGCCAAUAUUGCAUU